AUGGAUCAACCCUCGAUGGCUGAAAAGGCUCAAAGUGAGGCAGACACUGAUGACUCAGAUGUGUUCUCUCACCCCAGCUCACCAACCACACACCACAGGCCAGGCCAUGGUGGAGUCCACCGCCAUCACCGAAGGGUGUCCGGUCCCCAUGGUGAGUCCCACCAUCAUGGCAUAUCCCCUCAUCGUGAUGGAUCUCAAGACUUCCAUGACAAUGCCUUCUCCCGCCAUUCCCACCGCUUCCACCACUCCUCAUCCCUCUUCCCGGAUACUUCCUGUGGUGCUUUCAUCUCCCACCAUUCCUAUGGUGAGGACCACUUUGAUGAUGAGCACCACCACGCCCUGCCCAACACAGUGAGGCCCAUCACCAUGGGGGGCACCACCAUCAUGAAGCCCAUCACCACAGAAGGCCUGCCUCCAUGGGGUCCUACCACCGUGAAGAGCACCUCCACGGCCACCGUGACGAGCACCAGCACAGAGAGCACCAGCACGGUGCACAUCCUCGUGAUUACCUCCACCGAGAGCACCGCUAUGGGGACCCCCCAACCCAGCAAGCCAGAUAGACAGAGCUCGGCCUUCAGCUUGGCUCGUUCCCUGAACACAGCGUACUCACACCCUGCCCAGACCUCCAGCAAAGUCCAUCCUCAGGGCUCCUCCUCUAAAACCUCGGAAAGCUGGCCCGAAGAAGACGAGCAGAUUCAGAAGCACAAAACUGGCCGAGCCCCACGAACCCACAAGAAGCUGCACACUGUGGACCUCUUCUAUUUGUUGUGGGAAAAAUUAAGCCACCUCAUUUGGGGCCUUUCGAGAAUGCUCAGGAAACUGACUGACUCCCUGGCCUUUGAAGCCUUCGUCGUCUUCAUCGUCUGCCUCAACACCAUCAUGCUCGUGGCCCAGACCUUCGCUGAAGUCGAGGUCCGGGGUGAGUGGUACUUCAUGGCCUUGGACUCCAUCUUCCUCUGCAUCUACGCGGUGGAAGCUGUGCUCAAAAUCAUUGCUCUGGGCCUCAAGUAUUUUUUGGACCCCUGGAACAACCUGGAUUUCUUCAUCAUGAUCACGGCUGUGCUGGAGUUCAUGCUCAUGCAGAUCAACUCUUCCUCCAUGCGCGUGGUCUACAACCAAAGCAUCUUCCACAUCUUCCGCAUCCUCAAGGUCUUCAAGAGCCUGCGAGCCUUGCGAGCUAUCCGGGUCCUGCGGAGGCUCAGCUUCCUGACCAGCCUCCAGGAAGUGACCGGGACCCUGGCCCAGUCCUUGCCGUCCAUCACCGCCAUCCUCAUCCUCAUGUCCACCUGUCUCUUCCUGUUCUCUGUGGUGCUCCGGGCACUGUUCCGCUACUCUGACCCCAAGCGCUUCCAGAACAUCUUCACCACCAUCUUCACCCUCUUCACCUUGCUCACCCUGGACGACUGGUCCCUCAUCUACCUGGACAGCCGAGCCCAGGGCGCCUGGUGCAUCAUCCCCAUUCUCAUGAUAUAUAUCAUCAUCCAGUACUUCAUCUUCCUCAACCUGGUGAUUGCCGUCCUGGUGGAUAACUUCCAGAUGGCCCUGCUCAAAGGCCUGGAGAAAGUGAAGCAGGAGAAGGCCUCCCAGAUCCAUGAGAAGCUACUGGAUGACUCACUGACAGAGCUCAUCGGAGCAGAGCCUGAAGAGGUGAUAAGUGGACACACUAUACAGAAGCAGCUCAUUGAGAAAAAAUUUGGAGGCAUGACUGAGAAGCAGCGGGAGCUCCUGUUCCACUUCCUGCAGCUGGUGUCCGGGGUGGAGCAUUACCAGCAGAAAUUCCGAUCCCAGGCAGCUGUCAUCGAUGAGAUCGUGGACACCGCGUUUGAGGCUGGAGAUGAGGACUUCAGGAAGUGAUCCCCAGAGUGGCAGCCCGAGUCCAGGCUUCAGCCUCUGGCAGGCUCUCCCCCAGGUCGGGCCAAGUCCCCAUCUCUGCUGGAAAGAUCACUGGGCCUGCAGGGCUGGGCCCCAACAGAGCUUUAAAACCCCGGGUGGCUCCGUGUCCUCCCUGGCUGGGCCCGAGCCGCAAGGGAACCUGUGGGCCUGCACGCACGUGCAUCCUCGAGCAUGUGUGUGCGAGUGUUCCAGGUGAAAGGCUCUGUCCUUGGAUCCCUCCCUGCCCCACUGGGGCCUGGCAUCCUGGCCUGGCAGGGCCUUAACAGCAGCCAGCGGGGUGACGUGGAAAGUGGGCCAGGCUCAGUGCUGGAGGGAGAGGGAGCGGUCACCCUGUUUUGGGGAGGGAGGCCCGUCUGG